AGAUGGAUGGUUGUGGGUUUUUUUCUAUGUUGAAAGCUGAGGUGGGGUGAGAAGGCAAAGGGAUGUAGGUAGAAUACCAAUAUAAUUAGCAUGUUAUUAUAUUUAUUUAUAAAUGGUUACUCAUGUGCUAUAGGCAGAGAACAGAGAAGGGAGGAGAUAUUUAUAGUAUUAGUUUUAAAACAACAACAACAAAAAACCAAACAGCAAAAUGUUUUUGAGAAUAAUAAUUAUUAGAAGAAGGAUAGGUAAGAAACUUGUAUUUAUACUUUUCCAGUUAGAGAACUUCAUAUCUGGCACAUUAGACAGAGUUUUUGUUCUUUUGCUUCUUUCCACUUUAAGCUUAUUGUUGCUGGAAGGAUAAGCACAGCGAGACUGGGGAGAGAAGGAAGCAGUGAAGCUCUAGCUGGCUUUUUAACUGAGACAGGUAUACCCCAAACUGGAUGUACCUGGCAGGGGAGUUGUAUUAAUUUUUAUUUUUUUUUUAAAUUAAACUCCAAAAGCUGCUUGGUAUUCCGAAACAGAGGAAGAAGGGUUUCGAAUUAAAGGAAUUGCCAGGAAAGAGAACGUUACGGUCCAGCGUUUCCGUGUUGAGGCAUUUGAAGGGGCAUUUGUGAAUGUCUCCAGUUAAAAACCAAAGCGACAACAACAAACCCCACACAUGCAGAGGCACGCCUCAGCUGUAGGAGGGCAGAAAGCUCUUCCAUUGUGUUUCAGCUCAGCUCAAAAAGAAAGUUGUGUUCUUUCGGGAAGUUGAGAGGGAGCGGAAUUCCACCUAGCAUUUAAACUUGGACUGGGGUAUUGUAUGGGGUUUGUAGUGUUGGCCGAAGACAAAGUAACGGGAAGUCCAGACAAGUUUAGCAUGUCUCGGUAGUGCAACUGCACGGCACUGAGCAACCAUUACGCUGACGUGGCCCAGUGGUGAUGACUGCUUUUGCCUCGCCGUCCUCGUCUGGCGCCGCGUGACUCUUCACCAAUCACGGCGGAAUCUGUCAAGCCCACGCUCUGCAGGGUUGUCAUCUACCUACAGAAGGAGAUGUCGGGGGACACGUGUCUAACCACCACCCUUUGUCCAGCUGCAGGGCCCAAGCCCAAAACUUGCAGCUUCAAAGGGGGCAGCCUCGGUAACAAGUACGUGCGACUGAACGUUGGAGGCUCUUUAUAUUACACUACAGUCCAAGUACUGACCCGGCACGACACGAUGCUCAAGGCCAUGUUCAGUGGCAGAAUGGAGGUGCUCACAGACAAAGAAGGCUGGAUCCUUAUAGAUCGUUGUGGGAAGCACUUCGGAACAAUUUUAAACUAUCUCCGAGAUGACACGAUUGCACUUCCAAAACACAGACAGGAGAUCAAAGAGUUGAUGGCAGAAGCCAAAUAUUAUCUAAUUCAGGGCUUAGUGGACAUGUGCCAAGCAGCCCUGCAGGACAAGAAAGACUUGUGUGAACCUGUCUGUAGCAUCCCUAUAAUCACAUCUCCCAAAGAGGAAGAGAGACUGAUAGAAUCAUCAAUGAAACCUGUUGUUAAGCUGCUUUAUAACAGAAGCAACAAUAAAUACUCCUAUACCAGUAACUCAGAUGACAACUUGCUGAAGAACAUAGAACUCUUUGACAAGCUCUCUCUGCGGUUCAAUGGCAGAGUUCUUUUCAUUAAGGAUGUUAUAGGGGACGAAAUCUGCUGCUGGUCUUUCUAUGGACAGGGUCGGAAGCUUGCUGAAGUCUGUUGUACCUCUAUAGUGUACGCUACAGAGAAGAAGCAAACCAAGGUUGAAUUCCCCGAGGCACGGAUUUAUGAGGAAACACUAAAUGUCUUACUGUAUGAAACUCCACGGGUUCCUGAUAACUCUCUGCUGGAAGCAACAAGCAGGAGCCGAAGCCAGGCGUCCCACAGUGAGGACGAUGAGGGUUUUGAGCUUCGUGACCGAGUGCGCCGAAUCCACGUGAAGAGAUACAGCACCUACGACGACCGUCAGCUUGGCCACUAGCCUGCUCGUCGAGGGGAGAGGGUUUGGUGUUGAGGCUCAUAGCGAUAUUCUUUAAGGGGAAUCAGGAAGUAGGGGGGGAUCAGUUGGACUCUCUGGAUUGAUCUUCGUGUGGCUUCUUGGCUCCCUAGAGAAGCAAAUGGGCAUUUGUACGCACAAAGCAACACUAAAGGCCGAGGGCUGUGAGAACCAAGAUGUUAAUUUUGCACCGUGUGCUUUAAAUACAGACUGGCCCCCUUUUCGUGCCGCAUGAGGAAUGGGAUUCGGAACACCGAUUCUGACACUUGUGGUUGCUCCUUCAUACCUAAUGACUUGCCAGAUUUCGUACUUCCUGUGAGAAGUAGUGCUUCUCCGGGAGGAGAUGGCAUGAUUUGAAAAUCUUUUUCCAGAUACCUGCCCUUGUAGGGUUUUGUAUAAUGGAACUUCCAGUUUUUAAAUCAAGAUACUGAAGAGGGGGGUGGAGAGAACUUGAACGUGGCUGCUCUUAGCAAACACUACAUCUGAUAACCCACAGAACUGGGUAGCUAUCCAGUAGUCAGAUGCACCGCACGUGUGAUUUCUCCCACCUCUUUCCCCCAGUACACAUACAAAGGUUUGUGGUCCGAGAUAGCUCUCUUUAAAACUCAUUAAUUCUAAGGCAAGCUCUUCCAAAGAGGUAAGAGUCAAGUCAUCAAAAAACCUCCCCUUGUGAAAAAUGAGAAAACUUUGAAAAUUUAGAUAUAUAUGUAAUGAUUUGUCUUGGGAGAUGGAGAAAUGGGUAUGGUGAAGGAAGUAACUUCUUCAAAUAAGAAAACAUCAGGAAUAGAUUGUGGCAGGGUUGCCACUCUUCAGGCUUGUGAUAGUGUAAUCCUGUUUAUAGAAACAAUUAAAAUCUGGGGAAUUAGUUUUUACAUUAGUUUCCUUCUGUGGCCCAAAAGUGCUGUUUGAUGUUAAAUUUUUCAGGUAGGAGGGAAAAAAAAAUGCGGUUACUGGGAAAGUACAGGCUAAACAACGUUUUAUGAGACUAUAGAUAAUGUUCACGUACUGAUGAGUGAAUUCAAGUUUUGUGUUUUGAAUCCCUUCUAUAGAGCAUAGAAGUUGAAGGGGAAAGAGAAUAGUCACAAAAAUCUUGUUCUAGCAUGAAACAGUAAGAGGCUUUGGGCACCGGAGAGAGGUAACUUAUACUGAAUUUUAAACCAAAAUAAUCACUUUUAUUCUGAGUGCUUGGCUGGGAGCUAAUUGUAAAGGGCCUUUCAGAAGGUUGGAGUCAAGGCUGCUCUGCAAACUGGGUGUCUGGAAACAGUUUCAAGUUUAGCAUGCAGAGCUGUUACUGUCCUUCUCAAUGUUUGCUUGUAUGUUUCAGUGGCAGGUUGCAGAUGCAAAUUUUACCACAGUCCUAAACAGUUAUUACUUGAUGGCAGUUCAUUGGCAGCCAUGGAUACACGGCAGCGCUGGAGUCUGCUCCACAACUGCUGUCAAGUUCUCCUAUUGAACAUGAACACGGAAGCUUCAGAUCCCACGAGGGUUCGUCUUGAACUGCUUUGACCAGUGCCAAAUCUACCCAUAAAUUUUAAAGCAAAUUACUGCAAAAGCCUGGCAAGAAAAUAAUCCCAAAUUAAUACAGUGCGGUCCUAAGGAGAGUUAAGAUGGUAGGUGGUUUGGUAGUCAUAGAAGCAGAGGAGGGAACAAACCCAAAAUUUCCACUCAUUUAGGCUUUUGAAAAUGAAGUUGUCGAGGCUUGGUAAGAAAACACUAAUGGCUACAAACUUGCAGGAUUUUAUGGUCUAGCUGGGCCUCUACAUGUGGCAGGCACUGACUUAAUUCUCCUCACAUUCGGGAAGAAGCACUGCCGCAGUAAUGCACCUGCCUUUUUGUGAAAGGCCUCUUAAAACUCUAAUAACCUCUUUUCUUUUUACAUUGCUUUCUGUAAGUAGUUGUUUUCCAGCUGGUUUUUCUAUUGUGCCAGUGAAAAUACAGGCUGAGAUUAGUUUUGACAAAGACUUUUGUGGGUUUUUUUUCCUUUAAUUCUGCUAGAGCGUGAUGUGGAUUUUUUUUUUUAAAUUUUUUUUCCCCUCCACUGAUAACUCUUUAAAUGACACUGUGGUGGGUGCUUUGAAGCUGCCAGCAGAGCCUGUAGUGAUAGGGUCUUUGUGCUGUACUUAAUAGCUUCAAUUUAUUCUCUUGUAUUUUUUUUACCUUGUAACAAAUAAGACUCCCAUUUAAAAUUCAUGUGUGGCACUUUUGUUUCUUGACAAAUGAUUUCUAUUAUUUUUUUCUUGCUACUAUCAUAGUGAAUGUUAACAGAUCAAGUGAUGCUGGUAGCCUUGCAAAAUUGUGUUUAAGAGAAGUUACUAGCACAAAAAUGUCAUCUUUGCAUUUCUUUUCUCCGGAGAGUAUGGGUAUGGGAAGGAGUGUGUGAAAGAGAAUGAGUGUCAGAUCCACGUGCUAGUGCAGAGGCUUUCAUUCCAUGGUCGGAUGCUGUACUCCCAGGAUUCAUUAAUGACAUGGAUUCAAAUUGUGAAUUAUUAUGCUCUAAGAGGCAGAGAAAAGCCUGUGUUUUGGUUUACUUGGUUUUCUUUUCCCUGUUUCCCAGAGCCAACAAGUAGUAUUCAUUUCUGAUUUGAAUUUAGAUUAAAAUAAUCUUGGAUACAAACUCUUUUGAGAACCAUCUGUGUUAUGAGAAUCUUUUAAAAGUGCAAAAUAACUUGGUAUUUGUGGAAUAUCAGUAAGAACUGUAAGCAGUUAUGAAUGGUUUUUAGAUAUGUACAGAUAAUCGUUUUCAUUGCACCUUCUCUCAUCCCCAUUCAUUCUCCUUCCUCUACCCCCAAUUAGUACUGAUUGCAAAAUACAGCAUAAGAUAUUGCAGUAUCUAAGAUUGCAUAUCUUAGAUUAAGAUACGACUAGAACUGGAAUGUUAAACAGUGUUCGGCCACUGUAGAGAGUCUGUAAGCUUUACUCAGAGUAAUAAUCUCAUUGCAUAAACACUAAAGUUUCAUCUGUUCAAAAGACAUUUCAAAACCGUGGUCUUGGUGGUCUUUGUCCUGUAAGGUUUUUCAGGAUGUGGCUGAGAGAUCCUGGUGAAAUACGUGCGGUUGGGUUUGACCAGUGCUUCUGUAGUUCCCCCCACUUGCGUGCCGGUGGGGAGGGGAGAACAUCAGGAGAUCCUCUGUGUACUGGAGAGCCCCUCCCUGCCCCUGUAGGGCUGCUGUGCUAGGUUUCUCAAAGUCUGGAACGCC